AUGGCUAAUGAAAAUAUUUAUACUAGAUAUUUAUUUGUAGAUAAUCCUGAUACUAGGAAAUCAAUAGAUCGUGAUCAAGAAGUCAUAAUUUUUAAACAUGAAGAUAAAAAUCUUGGCGACACUUUUACUAAACCGUAUAAUAAAUACAAGAAAGCAAGUUCGAUUAAAAGCAAAAACGUUUCGCAAUCAUACGACUCAAGCACCGAUAGUGGUACUAAUGAAAAGAAAGAUUAUCAUAUCGCAAUAAGUCAGGAUGGGAGAUUUGUUGCUACAUUUGAUGCAGCAAACCUUCGGAUUAAAAUAUUGGAGAAAACUGAUCAUAACGAAUCCGAUGAAAUUAACAAAAUGAUUAUACAUUUUGAAAUAAAAAAUGAUUUUACUAUUUGUAAAUGUUUUGAUGGAAGCAACGACCAAAAAAAAGAUGAAAUAAUUAAUAUUGAUGAAUAUACCAACGUUGUUUCUUCAAAUAAUGACGAAGUCAAAAAAACCAUAUUGAGUAACAGAUGGUCUUUAGACAUAUCUAAUGUUUGCAAGAACGAUAAUAAGUACUUUAUUUUUGUUGCCGUAUCUAAUAUAAAUGAUGAGGAUAUGAAGAGUAAAACAGAAGAAAGAAAGAUAGAUGAUGAGGAUAUGAGGAAAAAAGAAACUAGGACCACCAUCUACCGCGUUGGACUAGAAAUUAAAAAAGGAAAUCAUUAUGGUUUUACUAGUAAGACUGAUUUCCAUCAUAUUUAUGGUAUUUCAGGAAUAUGUAAAUUUAUACAUGUGUCCAAAAGCAAUAAUGAAGUUCCUAGUUCAGAAAAUAACAAAGAAGGUUUUACUUUAAGAAGAUUCAUAAUAUUGAAUUUCAGUGGUAUAUAUAGUUUUAAAUGUAAAGAUAAUUUUAGUUUAUAUAAAAAAUUUGGUUAUCCGCAAUGUAUCGAUCGUGAACUAAAGGCAUUAGAUUCUUCAGAAAUAUCUGAUUGCAUAAACCUAAUUUCAUCUUGUAUUUAUACUAAAUAUUUUCUGGUUGAAAAUUACAAAGAUAACGUACAAUUACUUGAAGUUUACAACCUAGGAAAAAUGAAAUUGGAUAAUAUUACAAUAAGGGUCGAAAAUAGUCAGGAUAAACUUACAAGAAAGUAUAAUAGAAAUAAUUUCUCGAUCAGUAAGAACAAGCAAUUACUCUGCUUUACACGAGGGCUUCAAUCUGUCAAGUUAUACUUUAUGGAAAAUGGUUUGGAAGCCACAUCAAAGAAAUUUGAUGGAAUUGAAAAAAUUCACUUAUUAGAAUUCAUUGAAGAAGAUAAAAAACUAGUUGUAGUAGGUAGUAGCUCAAAAGGGGAAAAACUGAAAAUCAUAAUCUGGGACAUGUACAAUAAUUUUAGAGAUUUUGAAACAACGAUGGAAUUUGAUUUUCUUAAGAAAGAUCUUGAGAAAGAUAAUCUUGAUAAUCUUGCUACUCUUGCUACUCGUCUAGCCAGAACUUCAGGAAAUAUUUUCCAAAUCGAUAAUGAUGGAAAAGUUUCAUCAGUCCUUAAAGAGGUUAAAAAAAAAGAGGAAGAAGAGAAAAGGGAUAUAAAGGAAACAUUAAAUAUGGCUAUAAGUCCAGAAAAUGAAUUACAUAAAAAAUAUGGUAAAAAAUCAAAUAGACAACCAGAUAUUAGUCACAUUGUACAUUACGAGAAAAAUGUUAAUUUCGAACCAAUAGUUACCGACAAAGAACCAUGGGUGUUAAGAGAUUACGAAAGAAAUUCUUAUUGCCUUUAUCAUAACAAAAAAGGGACGGAAGUAGAAACUUUACAACUUAUUGUCGGCAGGUCCACUGUUCAAAUUUGGCAUCAAAUCCAAGAUGGUAAUAAAAACAAAGAUAGUCUUCCUAACGAAGGAAAACCAUUUCUUGAAUACAUAUGGACAAAUGGUAUUCCAGAGGAUAAAGAAAAUAAAGAAACAAGUUUACACGUUGAAAAGUUAAAACUCUACGUAGUGAAUGGUAGAUUUUUAGGUUUUUAUUUGAAAGUUCAUUGGAAUUACAUAGAAGAAAAUAAAGAGAAUGUAAAAGAGGUAAAUGAGAAAGAUAUUAAAGAAACAACAAAGAAUGAUCAUAUAAGUGAAGAAACAGAAAAAGAAAAAAGCGAAGACAUGAAAAGUGAACCUCCUGAAACUCGUGAAAUUCGGUGGCGAGUUGAUACUGAUAAAGCUGAUGCAAUUAGACAUGCGUGUAAAGCAUUGGAAUUUAUCAAUAAACGCAAGAAAAAUCUUGUAAAUUACACUAAAGAACAUCUCUGUGAGGAAAUGGUUGCAUAUAUUAAUCGUAUAAUAUGGAGAUUUAUCAAAUACAAGCCUGAUGACUUUAGAUUGCUAGAUGUUCAACGCAAUGUUAUGAAAAAUUUGAUUCUUGGUGAUUGUGAUCAUUUGAUAAAAUUUAUAUUAUUUGGAAAUGAUGAUGACGUUAAUAAAGCCAAUAAAUUACAUAUACCGAGAAAAACAUUUUGGAAAAAGAAGGAGAUUAAAAUUCACGACACCAAAGAGCAUGAAAUAGAGAAUGUUUUGGAAUUAGCAAUCUAUCAUUGUCGUGAAAUUAAAGGUACCAUUAUUGUUGCUUACCUUUUGGAAUAUUAUUCUAGACAUGCAACAGAUUAUGCAGAUGAUUAUAUCAGAAAAUUGUUUCGUAAAGAAUGCUUUGCAAAUCAAAAUUACCUUUCAAUACAAAAACACAAUAUUAUUAUUCCAGUAAAAUAUCAAGAAAGGAAUAGUCAUCAUGGAAUUAAAUUUAGAGCGUUUGAAAUCAAUUUACCUUCUAACAAAAUUAAAUGGUACAGUAUGAUUUGGGAAACAUACAAAUCUAUUACGAAUACAAUAUAUGAAAAAUUAGAAGACUUGGUCAAUAAAGAUGUUGAAAAGCCACCAUUAGCUUUACGAGUAGUUCCACUUCCUGAAUUUACUAUAAAUAAUCGUGCUUCACAACAGAAUAAACCAGGGAGAGAUUUCGUAUCUCCGCUUAAUACCAAGUUUAUUCUGCUUUACGAUCCUAAUACGGAGAUCAUUAAAACUAAAGAUUCAACAUUUAGUGGAACUGCUACGAAUCCCGUAAAUGGCCAAGAAUUUAUGAAUGUCACAAUGAAAGCUGAUUUUUAUUCUACAGAUCGGAAUGAUAAUCCAUUUGCAUAUUUUUCUACAUCAAUAAUUUCUGCAUAUUAUUGGCUUAGCGGUGAUUUUGUUCAGAGAGACUCAUUUGAUUUUUGGGCUGUUGAAGUGUUUACCUUUAUCGCCAGUGUCCUUUUAGUAACUAUUUUACAAAAUAUGUUGAUCGCUUUUAUGAGUGGUGUGUACGAGACAGCAACUACUAAAGGCAGACAAGCAUUAUUAAGAUUUAGAGCAAAUCAAAUUGCAAAUUAUGAAGCAUUAAAUCAAGUUCAUUAUCCACAUAUUAAAUCUGAUCCAAAAUAUAUUUAUUAUAUUGGUCGAUCAAAACAUUUUGAAACUUGGUAUGAGAGUAGAAAAGACGAUGGUCCUAUUUUUAGUGAUUUUGAAAAAAAAUCCACUUUUUCAAAAUUUGUUUUUGAAGAAAAGGAUUAUGAUGAAUUUUCAAUUUGGAAAUAUAAUAUCGAUAUUGAUUCUGAACGUGAAAUUGAAAAGUUCAAAAUAAUGAAGAAGAGUUUAGAUGAAUAUAUAGAAAAUUUAACGAAAAUUUUUGAUCAAAAACAUGAUGAGAAAUAUGAUGACGAUAUUGAAAAGUUAAAAACAAUGAAGAAGGAUUUAAAUGAUAAUAUCAAUAAUUUGAUAAUAUAUUUUGAGGAUCAAAAAAAUGAUAAGGAAAAUGUUGAUAUUGAUGAAAUUAAUGAGUUCAAAACAAUAAAAAUUAGGUUAGAUCAUGAUAUCGAAUAUUUGAUAAAAUAUUUUGAUCAAAAAAGUGAUAAAAAUGGGGAUAUUAAUAAUAAAAUUAAAGAAUUCAAAACAAAAAAGAAUAUUUUAUUUGAUAAUAUCGAGAAGUUGAUAAUACUUUUUAAAGAAAAUAAGAAUAUUGACGAAAAGUUCAAGAGGUUAAAUGAUAAUAUCGAUAAUUCGAUAGAAUAUUUUAAAGAUCAAAGAAAUGAUAAGAAAAUUGAUGAUGUCAAAAUCGAAGAGUUCAAAACAAUGAAGAAGAGUUUAAAUGUUAAUAUCGAUGGUUUGAUAAAAUAUUUUGAAGAUCAAAAAAAUAAGAAUGGCAAUAUCGAUAUUGAAAAUUUCGAAACAAUGAACAACAGUUUUGAAACAAUAAACAACAGAUUCACAAAUUUGAUAAAAUGUUUUGAAACAAUAAAGAACAGUUUCGCAAAUUUGAUAAAAUAUUUUGAAAAUCAAAACAAUAGAAAAAAUGAUGAUAUCGAUAUUAAAAAAGAAAUUGAAGAUAUCGAUAUUAAAAAAGAAAUUGAAAAUUUUAAAACAAUUGAUAUCGAUAUUAAUAAAGAAAUUGAAGAUUUCAAAACAAUGAACAACAGCUUAAAUUAUGAUAUCGAAAAAUUAUUAUAUUUUGAAGAUCAAAAAAUUAAGAAAAAUGAAAAUGUAAUUGAAACAAAGGAGAGUUUAAAUAAUAAUAUCGACAAAUUGAUAGAAAAUCUUGAUAAGAAGAAUUUAAAUAAUAAUAUCGAAAAGUUGAUAAAUAAUUUUGAAGCUCGAAAAAAUGAUAAUGAUGACGAUAAUAUCGAUAUUGAUAAGAAAAUUGAAAUAUUGAGGGCUAUAAAAUAUUAA